CCCAUUCUUGUUUUCGGGGAGGUUUUGCAGUCUUGAGAGGCUCCUGCCUUAGUUUGAUCAUAAAGUUUGAGUUCUCCUGACCUGGAGAAGCUCAGAUUCUGAUGUGAAGCAAUUAUAAUGUCAUGUAAUUCAUAAUGACCAGAGUUUAACCGUGAAAAGGCAAGGGCUUCCCUUUGAAGAACUUUGAAUUACAGCUUUGUUUUUCCUCUGCAAAGCAGUGUUGGACCAUCGGGGGACGUCUCCAAAACUUAUCUGAAGAUCUCCAGAUGACUUAGGAAUUUCUCAACUGGGGGUGGAAAGCACAGUCUGUCUCCAGUUGAAAACUCAGGUUGUCGUUGAGACAGCCUUAAUAUAUUUUAUUUAAUCAGGGCGAAUUGAGGCCAUGGCGCUACAAUAUGAUAUCUGUACAAACAACAUGAAGCUUGCCAAUUUGUUAUGGUUAGAGGUCCAGACAGAUGAUGGACUUAAACGUUGGGAGCAAGGAACAGAACUGGUUGUGAACUAAAAGAUUUAUUUACCAUAAACAAGUGAACAAUUCUGCACUGGAUCGACGGCCUGCUGAGCCAAGGCAGGGCCCACUUGUAGCGGUGAAACGUCUGGGAGCUGCAGCGCACACAUGGACAGACUUGGGAGUCUGAGAACAAGCAGGAAUCCUGGAGUAUAAGAUUCUGGAGCUGGGGCCAGGUGGGAUGCACAGAGCCGAGAAAAGGAACUAGGAGAACGGAGGUGAGUGACUGCACUCAUAACUCUGAAGCCUUUAACAACAGACAGUUCACAGAAGGCUCAAAACAGAAAUGUUCACAGUUCUGGAAAUAAUGUUUACAGCCGAAGAAAUAAAGUUUGCUGUUCAGGAAUCAUUUCAGUUCAUGAGUUAUCUUCAGAGGUCGAAGGUCAGGUGCAUCUUGUGACAGCUCCAUUUAAGCAGGACUUGACUUUAGAAAUGACUUGGAAAGUUCUUAGUGGUUCAAUAUCAGAGUUCAUACAGUUCUAGGAAAACAGUUCUUGGUCAUGCACAGUCAUGGACAGGAGCUGCAGGAGAGCGGAAUCUCGCAGAACAUGAAUGAGCUUAACGGAAGCGUGGCAGAGCUAUGUGCUCUGUAGCUGAGAGCCGUUGUGAAGAUAGUGGUGGAGCCAGGAGCAUUUUGCAACAUGGAAGCUGAGCAGGAGAGUGUCUGGAAACACCAGAGAAAAUAACGAGCUCUAAUACAAAAUUUAGAGUUGGCCAGGUUACCUUAAAACAAGCUGCGGAAAGCUGCAACAUCAGAACGCAUGGAAGCAACAGGAAAGACGAGGUCAAGGUCAUGGAAUCUCAGUGAAGCUCCUGGAAGAAUCUGGCCUUGGAAAAAAUGAACUAGCUUCAUGGCACGUAAAACAAACUUGAACUUAAAACCGGGGUUUACGUAGCCCGCUCCUGAUGAGCUGCUCAUAAGCUUCAGGUGUGAGAUGAUGAGUUGCAGGUGUUCCUCGGCUCUGCAGCGCGCCACCUAAGGGGGAAAAACAGAUAAACUACACACAAGGUUAAAAAGGGCAAAGGACCAGGGCAGACCAUGACACUAUUUGUGUUCUGAUCAGUGAAAGUAACCAUGUUUUUAUUUUAUUUCUUUGCAGGCAUGUAAAAGUACUCCACAGAGUAGGUCAUUAUAGUAAUGGAUCCUGUAGCAAUUGUAAAGACAUUUAAAAUGAGAUAAAUUCAUAUUGAAGCAUUUUAAAGUACAUGUGAUUCCUUGUUAAACUAAGAAUGAUUAAGAACAGAAAUGAAAUGCACCUUUAUAUGUACAGUUAACAGUUUAUGUAACAUUAUUAAAGGUUAUGUUUAUCUUAGGUCGUGUUUCCUGGUGGUUUUUGUGUAAAAUAUAAUUUUAUUUAUUUGUACCGCGAACUUUGAAAUUGAGAGUAGCAUCCACCCACAUCAUUUUCUUCACUGUAUUACUAAAUGAUCUGGCAUGGAUUCAACAUUUAAACACCAUCAGCAUUUUUUAGCAGAUGUUGGCUGGUGCACGAAGAGUUUUACAGCUUUUAACAGCUUUCAGAUUUGAAUAUGUGCAGUCGUGGACCUGCUGAAGAAUUUGACAAACCAUUUUUGUAUGUGAAGAAAACUUAACUGAAAAACAGUUUCAAUGUUGCUCAAAAUGAGCUGCGACGAGGAUCCAGACAGGCACUAGGACCCUGGGAUCACCCUGCUCCCUUCACUGGCUCAUGAAUAUUUAUGGAGUCAGAACUGAUGCUCAGCUGUGCACCAGGUGAGUGUCCACCAAUCAGACGGCUGCAGCUCUGAAAUGCAGUGGAACCUGUCAGACCAGAGAACGAGGGCGAGUCUCAUAGAAACACAGGGGGGGCACAGCGCAGUGAAGAAGACACGGCGAGCGUCCAGUCAAGUCUUCAUGCUGCCGUGGACAGAACAUCACUGUGACACCAGAGGAUCAUGACAGAGAGGCCUCCGGUAGGGGCCGUGGCCUCUCCCAACAUCCAGGACAUGGAGCUCACGGAGGCAUGGCAGGAUGAUGGCUUUCCAAGGCCUCUCCCGGAGGAUUCUGGGAAUGUGGAAGAGGAGGCCGAAAGCCCAGCAAACAAUGACCUAAAAGCUCCGACCAGCCUGUCCCUAUCAGGAACUGUAGUGGGCGGGGCUAUGAAGCGUCUGACUGCUCCCCCACUCAACCUGACGCUGAGCCACCAAGACUCCCAGGACUUGGGCCUCGACGACUACUCUGCUGCUGCCCUAUCAACAUCACCCGAUGAAACCCCGUCACUCGACAUCAACCUGGAGGCACUGGAGACGCCGUCUGACAGCGAGACGUGCACACUCCCAGACGGCACACAUGAUCUGGAGUGGGAGGACGAUCUCCCUCGGCUGAGGCAGGGCGGGGCUGAAGGAGUGGCCAGGAGUCCGGUGUCCGAGCACACGGAGGUGGGUCUGGUGGAACUGGACCAGGUGGACAGCAGAGGGCGCCGCUGGAGGAAGUUCUGCUUCUCUGGACACGACUAUCAUGUCAACAUAAGCGUGUUGGAGCCGUACCUGCAGGUCCUGUCACAUGGAGGUUACUAUGGCAAUGGGAUGAAUGCCAUCAUCCUGUUCACCUCCUGCUACCUGCCCGACAACUCAGUGGAGGACUACGCAUAUGUAAUGGACAACCUGUUCAGGUACAUUGUUGGAACACUGGACCUUAUGGUUUCAGAAAACUACAUGCUGGUCUACUUGUGUGCUUUGGCUCCCAGAAACAGACUGCCUGCCAUCAAAUGGCUUCAUAAGUGCUACACCUCCAUCGACCGCAGGCUGAAGAAGGACCUGAAGGGUCUCCUCAUCGUCCAUCCUGCCUGGUACAUCAAAGCCCUGAUCACACUGGUCAAACCCUUCAUCAGUGAGAAGUUCAGCAGGAAGAUUCGAUUCAUCCAGAGUCUGCAAGAGCUUUCAAACAUCAUCCCGACAGACCGACUGCAGAUCCCUGACGCCAUCCGCCAGUUUGAUGAAAAGGUGAACAGGAGAUGAAGAUGGACAGUUUGAUGAUGCAGGUCAGAGGUCAAAGACAGGGAUGUGCUGAAAAAACAAAAAACAACAAAAAAACACAAAGACUCAUUUAUUUCCUAUAGCUUCACAUUCACUGAUUUUAAGAGUCUCGUCUUCUUCCUGAUUCACCCUGAUUUACUUACUGAUUUUAUGAAGGUCAUCAGGGAAGGUGGAAAACCAAAGGACUGGUAACAGGACACUGAUACACACACUGACACACACACACACACUGAGCUGAGGAUGGAUCCAGACCUGCAGAGUCUAAACCAACAGACUGGGUCAGGACACAAGGAGACUCUGAUCUCACCUGAAUGUGGACUCGAGAUCAGGUUCAAAGGUCAACAGAGGUUCUGCAGCUGAACACGGCUGCUAAUUGGUUCACAGUGAUGACUCGUGAUAUAUCUUUUAAAUAUUUUCUCCUUCUCAUCUUUUUUAUUUAAGAGUCAAAUAAAAGUAUAAAGGUAUAAGAUACAGAAUUCAUGAUCACAAGGUUUUGGGUUGUUAAAAAGCAUUUUAUUGGUAGGUGGAGGUGACACACUGCCGCCACCACGUGGACUUCGUGUACAUCCGUUAUAAUCAGUGGAGUGUUUUCUCGAUCAUUUUCUUGAUGUCUGAUUUAUUUGUCAGCUCAGUUCCACUGGAUUCUAUCACAUCUGGUUCCUACAGGUUCCUCUCUUCAGGCCCCUUCACACAUAGUGCAAAUAUGUACAACUCAAGGGCGACACCCAUUGGAGCACCUGGUAUGUGUGCACCACAAAAUAUUGCGCCGACGGGCAAGCGUGCCGCGUGCACGAUGCUGGUGCGACGGACCGUGCACGUGGGAACACAGUGCCACCAGCUGCACGACAUGUAACCACGUCCACUGUAGCCAAGUGCUUGCUCACAGGGGGUCGUUUUGA